AACGACUACCGUUUGUGGCUACAUCCAGUCGAACAUCAAUUCCAUCCCCGAACUGUGGCCUCCAGCAGCAAUUGCAAUACCCCACACCCUCUCUCAACCCCUCCACCUUGUGCAAUUUUUCUUCUUGGUCUCAUAGAGACUUCCCGCUACAAUGUUGUCCCCCAGAGUAGCCCAAUCCACCCUCCGGGCGACCGCCCACCAAUUCUCCUCUAUUCCCCGGGCUGCCGCUCUCGAUGGUGUGAGGACCUACGCCACGGCCACAGCGAGCGUGAAACCUCCUAUCGCUCUCUUCGGUGUCGAUGGCACUUAUGCCAAUGCUCUGUAUACCGCAUCAGCCAAGUCAUCCAGUCUCGAUCAAACCGCGAAAGCCGUCGCAACUUUGGCAGAGGUUUUCAAAACCGAUGCCAAAUUGCCUGCCAUCCUCAGCACGCCCGCCCUCGAUGCAUCCGAUAAAUCUCAGAUCAUCCAGGAACUGCAACGAGUUGCCGGCGGCCCAGGAAAGGACAAUAUCAUGAAAAACUUCCUUGCUACCUUGGCCGAGAACAAUAGACUUGGUCUCUUGCAGGGUGUUUGUGAGAAGUUCGCUGCUUUGAUGAGCGCCCACAAUGGCGAGACUGAAUUGGUGAUCACCAGUGCUCAGAAACUCGACGCGAAGACUGUUCAGCGCCUCGAGGCAGCCAUUGCCAAGUCUGAAUAUAGCCAAGGCAAGAAGCUUAAGGUUGUUACAAAGAUCAAUUCUGACAUUGUGGGUGGUCUGAUUGUCGAAGUUGGCGAAAGAACCAUUGAUCUCAGCGUCUCCUCCAAGCUUGCUAAGCUGAACAAAGCCCUCACUGACACCUUGUAAAAUAAUUUCUCCCUAUGGGGUAACUGAGAAAAACAAAUAGAUAUUUUCUUGUUCUAUUUAUGUGCUAUUUCCCUUGUUUUGCAUUCCUAUCUUUCCUAAACCAUUCUUAUAAUCUCCGAUCGUCCUCACCCACUACCUGACAAUUUUGGGAGACCGAAGCUGGAAACAAGAUGGGGUACUCUUCAAACAUAUUUGUAUACCUGAUCUUAUUCAAUGUAUAUUUUGCCCAACUUGUGUCUUCCUUACUGGAUAACUAAUAUCUGUAACGAUUGAUGUAUGUACAUCUUCCAUAAUUUGUACUCCGUAGGAUUAUCUUGCAUUUCCCCUCCAAUCAACGACAACUGGCUGUGUAUACAACUUUUUAUUGGGUAAUUUUCGAUCCAAA